UCUGGCUGGAGGCAGCUUUCUCUGCAGGAGCGACCAUCAGAGAUUUAGAUUGCUAAUUGAGCAGCUUCUGAAAUGGGGGCAGAAGCUGUUUGUUCUCUGCUCCUUCUGAUAACAGCUCACGUUGCUCCCAGUGUGGCUGAGAUCUCCUGCAGAAAUGAGUUGGGCCAAGCAGUGGAUUGGUUUGCCAUGUACAAGUUGCCCAGGCUCAUGGAACAUCGAUCUGUUGGUCUGGGACUGAGAUAUAUGUACCUGGAUCCAUGGACUGCAGACUGGCAGCAAGGAAAAUAUCUUGUCAACACAACAGAGAGUGCAGUGGGGAGAACCUUACAGCAGCUCUAUGCCACCCAUCAGUCAAAGGUCAACGACCACGCUUACUUUAUCUACAAUGAUGCUCCGCCAUCGAUGCCUUACGACGCGUUCCAUGGACACACAAAAGGGGUCCUGAUGUUUGACAAAAUCCAGGGAUUCUGGCUGACGCACAGUGUGCCACACUUUCCUCCCAAUGCCACGAAGGGGUACGCUUGGCCAUCGUCUGGACGGCGAAACGGACAGACCCUUCUGUGCGUUACAAUCAAAUACGAUCAGGUGACAAAAAUCGGAGACCAGUUUUUAUACUUGAACCCCCAUAUCUACAGUUGGACUCUUCCUCACCUCUUCCUGCCCGAGCUCUCCAAACUGCUGUUUGUGUUGGAAGGUGGCAGCCCAACGAAGGCUCCGUGGAAACGGCACGCCAAACUCACAUCCCUGGGGGGAGUCCAGUUCCAGAGCUUUGCAAAGUACAAGCACUUCGGGGACGAUAUAUACACGGCAUGGGCUGCUCAGGAAUUGGAUACGGAUUUAUUGUCUGAAACCUGGAACAUUGGGAAGUAUCAGCUGCCAUCCAACUGUUCCCUCCACAGACACGUCUACAACGUCAUGAGGGUCCGAUUGCCAGGAGCUGCUUCCUUCCCUUCCACCCAUGACCAUUCCAAGUGGUGUGUGUCCCUGCAUACCACCGAUGGGUGGGCUUGUGUCGGAGAUCUCAAUCGCUCUGAGGGCCAGAUGUGGAGGAGCGGUGGGCUUCUCUGCACACAGAAUCCUUUGCUGUACAAAGCCUUCAGACGAUCUGUGUCCCUGUACAGGAAUUGUUCAUGACAUUCUGUGAUGUAACAGGGAGAAUUUUGAAGUUGAGGUUUAACAGCUACUUCAGAACAUGGAACAUUACAGCACAGUACAGGCCCAUCAGCCCACGAUGUUAUGCCAACCUUUUAACCUAUUCUGAGAAUAAUCUAACCCUUCCCUUCAAACGUCCAUAAUGUAUCUUCCUCUACCACCAUCCCUGGCAGUACGUUCUACACACCCACCACUUUCUGCGUAAGAAACCCACCUCUGACACAGCCCACUAUACUUUCAUCCAAUCACCUUAAAGUGGUUUUUCCUCAUAUUGGACAUUUCCAUUGCAGGAGGAAGUCUCUGGUUGUCUGCUCUGUCUAUGCAUCUUAUACACCUCUGUCAAGUCACAUCUCAUCCUCUUAUAUGCCAAAGAGAAAAGUCCUAGCUCAUUUAAUCUUUCCUCAUAAAACAUCCAGGCAGCUUCCUGGUAAAUCUCUUCUGCUCUCUCUCUAAAGCUUCUACAUCCUUCUAUAAUAGGUAACCAGAUCUGAACACAAUACUGCAAGUGUGGUCUAACCAGGGUUUUAUAGAGCUGCAAUGUUGCCUCAUGGCUCUUGAACUCAAUCCACCAACUAAUGAAGGCCAACACACGGUACGCAUUCUUAACCACCAACUUGCGCAGUAACUAUGAGGGAUCUAUGAGCGUAAACCCCAAGAACCCUCUGUUUCUCCACUUUGCUAAGAAUCCCGUGAUCAACCUUGUAUUCUGCCUUCAAGUUUGACCUUCCAAAGUGAAUCACUUCACACUUUUCCAGAUUGAACUCCAUGUUGAGGCAUGUCACUGCUGUUGUGUGGGAGGAAGUGGGAUGGCAGCUUUGUGAGUGUCAUCCUCAGUGGCCAUGAACAGUGUUCACUUUAUGGUACUUGGUUCGGGAAAAAGUUCUGAGAAGGAUCCUCGUUGUGUUGAGUAGAAUUGUUCCCUUGAUCUUUGAAAAAAUAAAUAAAGUUGCAAUGUUCUGAGAUUUGCGCUAAGUUUCUAAACUGAUAACAGAACAGAAUUCACUGACUGCAGAGAACUUUCCAAAUUCUCCAUUAACACCAUCCCAGGUAGAUAGGGUUGUAAAGAGAUCUCUUAGCAGAUUGACUUUUAUAAAUCAGGGCUCUGGAAGUGGUAUUGUCACAUGCACAAAGCUACAGUGAAAAGCUUGUCCUGCGACUGUUCAUACAUGGACAGAGCUCCAUGACUGAAUCGUACACCACAACUGAAUGAACCAUGUCCAGAGUCACUUGUGUUCCCUUCCCAAUCUAUUUAUUAUUAUUGUACAUAUGUGUCACCAGAUACUACCAUAAGACCAUAAGACACAGGAGCAGAAUUAACCCAUUCAGCCCAUCAGGUCUGUUCUGCCACUCUAUCAUGGCCAAUCCUGGAUCCCACUCAACCCCACACAUCUGCCUUCCUUGAUGGCCUGACCAAUCAAGAAACUAGCAAUUUUCGCUUUAAAUAUACCCAUGGUUUUGACCUCUACUGCAGUCUGUGGCCGAGUUUUCCUCAAAUUCACCACCCUCUGGCUAAAAAAAUUCCUCCUUACUUCUGUUCUAAAGGGUCACCCCUCGUUCUGGACACCCCCACCAAAGGAAACAUCCUUUCCACAUCCUCCCUAUCUAGUCCUUCCUACAUUCAGUAGGUUUCAAUAAGAACCCCCUCCAAUUCUUCUAAAUUCCAGUGUGUACAGGCCCAAACGCUCCUCAUACGUUAGCCCCCUCAUUCCUGGAAUCAUCCUUGUGAACCUAGUCUGGAUUCUCUCCAAUGCCAGCACAUAUUUUCUGAGAUAUGGGGCCCAAACCUGUUGACAAUACUCUAAGCAAGCCUCAGUAUUAGCUCCUUGCUUUUAUAUUUUAUUCUCCUUGAAAUAAAUGCUAACAUUGGAUUUUACCACAGACUCAACCUGUAAUUUAACCUUCUGGGAGACUUGCAUGAGGACUCCUAAGUCCCUUUUGCACCUCUGAUGUUUGAACCUCUCCCCACUUAGAUAAUAGUCUGCACUUUUGUUCCUUUUGCCAAAAUGCAUUAUCAUAUAUUUCCCAACACCGUAUUCUAUCUGCCACUUUUUUGCCCAUUCUUCCAAUUUGUCUAAGUCUUUCUGCAAUGGCAUUGCUUCCUCAGCACUACCUACCCCUCCACCAAUCUGCAAACUUUGCCACAAAGCCAUCAAAUCCAUUAUCUAAAUCAUUGACGAACAAUGAGAUUAAUUUUCUUGCAGGCAUUCACAGUAAAGAUUGUUAUUGCUGGGGUUGGUAAUGGAGACAAACUCCUAGUGCCUAUUAAAUUCUCCCAAUGGCAUGUACCUCAAAUAAUCUCAACAACCAAACCCAGCUCCUAGCCCAGUGGAACCGUUUCUACUGACAGGAGAAGGGCAACGACAGGUUACUGGCACCUUAAAACCAGUUGCGUCGGGCAGAUGGGGCUCGUCAAUUGUGGUUGGCAGCUUACCUAGGAAAAAGAAAACUCUGAUUUCAAACCUCCGGUGCCUUGCGGCUAUACCCACUCUUAGGGAAGGCUUCAGGAGAACUCCAAUGCACUGCUGGUGCCAAACUGUGAUGAUCUCUGCCAUUCCUUUGGGUUCAUCAGAUGCAUUAAGAGGGGGAGCUUGCUACAUAGGUAACAGCUCACUCGUACUGCCCUGGCUCAUGUAUCUAGACAGCUAGGGACGCAACAUCCAUGGUCGACCCUGACCAACAGAGGCCUCAAUUGAUCGCAGUAAAUACAAGAGACAGAAUAGAAUCAAUGACGGACAAACAACCAAUGUGCAAAAGACGACAAACUGUGCAAAUCCAGAAAGGAAGAUAAUAAUAACAAUAGACAAUUUAAUCUAAGAAUACCCCCAAAGGUGAGGAAAGAGAACCGGGUCGAGACAACAGAGACUUAUGGAGAAGAGGAGUUCAGUGGGUAAUAAAAUGGAUGAGUUGACGGCACUAGCCAGGAGUCAGAGAACAUUUCGGGAGUGCAGUGUUAUGUGUUUUACUGAAACGUGGCUGCAUGAGGACAUACCCGACCAAAACGUUUCCAUAAAGGGCUUCCAGACCGUUCAGGCUGACCGGAAGUGCACUGAGAGCGGUAAGCGUAAAGGAGGGGGGCUUGCUGAUCUUGUUAACAACAGAUGGUGCAGUCCUGGUCAUAUUACGAUCAAGGAACGUGUUUGUAGCCCAGAUAUUGAACUUCUUGCUGUUGGACUCCGGCCAAAGGAAAUCUCACAUGCAAUUGUGGUUGUUGUGUACAUCCCUCCCUCUGCCAACCCGAUGUCAGCGUGUAACAUCAUUUACACCGUUGGGCACAGGAGUACAUUCAGCCAGAGACUCAUUCCACCGGGAUGCAGCACUGAGCGUCAUGGGAAGUCAUUCCUGCCUGUGGCCAUCAAACUUUGCAGCUCCUCCCUUGGAGGGUCGGACAUCCUGGGCCAAUGGGCUGGUCCUGGACUUAUUUCCGUCUGGCAUGUUUUACAUAUUAUUAUUUGAUUGUUUGUGGUUUUGUAUUGCCAUGUUUGUACUCUGUUCUUGGUUGGUGCAACUGUAACGAAACCCAAUUUCCCUCGGGAUCAAUAAAAUAUGCCUAUCUAUCUAUCUAUCUAUCUAUCUAUCUACAGCAAUUGCAGUUAAAAGCAAGGAUACAGAUGUCAAUAAG